UGACAAUUGUGACAGACGCAUGGCAUCUUUCAUCUUUGUCAUUUGUCAGCUGGUAAAAUUCUUUCUUAUUUGUGACGGAAGAAAAACAAUCUUUUUUUAAAGAUGUUGAUGCCCAAGAAAAACAGAGUAGCUAUCUAUGAAUACCUAUUCAAAGAAGGUGUUAUGGUAGCUAAAAAAGACUACCAUGCACCUAAACAUCCUGAACUGGAGAACAUUCCCAACUUGCAAGUGAUCAAAGCCUUACAAUCACUGAAAUCCAGAGGGUAUGUGAAGGAACAGUUUGCAUGGAGACAUUACUACUGGUACCUAACUAACCCUGGCAUCGAGUACCUCCGCACCCAGUUGCACUUGCCCCCCGAGAUUGUCCCAUCGACUCUGAAACGUCCCGCUCGCGCCGAAACUACGCGUCCAAGGCCUGCUGCACUUAGGUCAGAAACCUCCAAGCCUUCUGAAGAUCGUGCUGGCUAUAGAAGGACACCUGGAGGCCCAGGUGCAGACAAGAAGGCUGAUGUUGGACCAGGUACUGGCGAUGUAGAAUUUAGACAAGGUUUUGGCAGAGGCAGGCCUCAAUAAGUAACUUUUUUGUAUUAUAAAAUAAAUACAAGAUAAACAUUUUUUUGUGUAUUAUUGGACAUUACCCAUUUUCAAGUUGGUGUUGGCUACAUUGUAUUGGAGAACUUACAUUUAAUAGAUGAUGGGUGGUUAUAAUUUAAGGAAAUAAAUUGGAAAAUAAUCGUUUAGACCAGGGCUGUCCAACAUAUUGGCCGCAUGCGGCCCGCGAACUCGUUUCUUGCGGCCCGCUUCACGGGUCAUGUAUACCAUAUGUAAUAUACCUAUUAAAACUCUGUAAUAAUGUUGUAUAGAAAGAUUUUAUAAUGCGGCACUCCAAACUGCAUUUUUUUUGAAGUGGCCCUUGGGCCACAUUAAGUUGGACAGCCCUGAUUUAGACUAAAUAAGACUCAAAUACUUGGUUCAUAAUUUUACUUAUCACAGGGGUAAUCUGUCAAUGAAUGUAGUCAGAUUGUAUAAUUCAAUCAGUAUAAAAACCAAACAAGGUUCUGAUUUUUUCAAAACAUUUUUAAUAGCUUUCCAGCAUUUCUGCUCCUAUGUAAAAUUUGUACUCUAGCUUUUAGAAUUUCAAAUUAAAUUGUUAAUAUUGGUAAAGAAAAGUGCCAGGAGUGGCUACUUACUGAAAUGUUCAGUUUCCUUCACUAAACGUUAUUGGAAUCACCAACUUCACUUCAUUAAUUGGUUAUAAAGAAAAUAGCAUUUAUUUUCCAACACAUACAAUUGAAGGUGCAAACAUGCAUAUUAUAAUGUGAACACAUUACUGACAAUGGUGAUUUUAAGUAAGAUUUUUUAUCUAGCAGCAGUAGAAUAAAAUACUAUUCUUAUGAUUAUCUAGAGUUAUACUGAAUUUAACAUGCAAUAAAAUAUAUGGAAAAUCAAUAAUUUGUAAAGGAAAGUCCAUCUGAGCUUCAAACUAUCAAUGUCAAAAAGAUUUAGCAAAAAAAUGUACUCAAUUCCUUGUACUGGAUGUGAGUGGCUAUAAAGGAGUGAGUAAUAAGUUCUGUUGAAAAUGCACUUCAUUUAAGAUCUGAUACAAAAAUAUUUGUCUUCAAUUUGAAUGAAGUUGUUCCUUAAUGACUGUCUGCUUAAGUUAUUCCUCUCACUCUUAAAAAUGUUCAAUGGACUGCAUUCUUUUAAACAUAAAAACACAUACUUAGCCAACUUUAGUAUUUAUUUCACAACCUGCUGUACUACUGUUGAUCCAUUCAAUC